AUGGAAGAUUUCUCAAACUUGGAGAAAAUGGGCAGAGAACUGAAAUGCCCUAUCUGUUUAAGUCUCUUGACGUCGUCUGUUUCACUUGUAUGCAACCAUGUCUUUUGCAAUACAUGUAUUCAGAAAUCCAUGAAAUCAGCUUCAGAUUGUCCAAUCUGUAAACUCCCAUUUCAUCGCAGAGAGAUUCGUCCUGCUCCUCAUAUGGAUACCCUGGUCAGCAUUUACAAGAGCAUGGAAGUUUCUUCUGGAGUUAACAUAUUCAGCACACAAAUUGCGCCUUCCUCCAAAGAGUUGGAACAAGAACCACAGAAUGGGAAAAGUUGCCAGACUGAACCAAUAAAACAAAGGAAAGCAAAAGGAAAAAGUGCUAAAUGGUCUAUGAGUGCUAGUCCAAAAAUUUCAAAAUCUUUAAUGAAUAGACCAUCAUUUCCCACCAAGAAAAGAAUUCAGGUUACAAAACAUCAUAUUCCAGAAACUCCCAAGGUGGUAGCUGAAAGUUCUAAUGGAUUGAGGGGAAAGUCUGUCCUUGAUGGCGAGGGAGAAACAGGAUUAGCACCAUUUUUUUGGUUGAGAGAAGAAGAGGAUGUUGAAAAGUUAACUCAACAGACAGAUGAUGAUACCAUCUUUGGAACACCACCAUGUGCCCCUUGUUUCAGUGAUAUUAAGGACUCAGAUGACGACGUUCCUGAUGAUUUGGCUCUACAGGAUGAAGCUGAUUGUGAAGUAAAUAAUGAAAAUUAUGUAGACAGUGAGAUGUUUGAAUGGACACAAAGACCUUGUUCACCUGAACUGGGUUCCAGUCCACUGAAAACACAGAUCAAAUCAUCCUCUCAGACAUUGGCUACUUCUGUUGAAAAAGAAAAUGAGAAGAUAAGUGUACCCACUCUAUCAACCCAAAGAACUGGAACUAAAAAUAGGAUCAAUGAAGCUAUUGAAUCUUCUAAGAGUGGGAAGGGGAGACGUGGAAGACCUUCCAAGAAGCAAGUGAAGGGGACAAAGGUUCAAGGUUUUGAAGUUCAUGUUGAUUUAUCAGAUAAAACUGAAAAUCCUCUUCAUAGUGAUAAUAACAAGGGUAGUUCUAUCCAUUUGAAGGAAAGGACAUGCAUGAGAAACAGCUUCGAGUGUGACAUCAAUGGUGGGAAUCAAAACACAACAGAGAACUCUACUUUGCCUGAAAAUUUCACCAGGAUAUCAAAAAAGAAGAAUUUGUUGAUGAAAAACUCAGAAAAUAUUGAAGGUAAUGCGACCCAUCCAGAACAUGGUCAUGGUUCAAGAUGUUCAAAAAAACGCAGGACUUCUGACUGUAGUAACCCAAAAGUGGGGUUGGCUAAAGAUGCUCUAACUGAUGCUGACAAUUCUGCAAAAUUAAACCAAACUAUGGGAAAAGUGCAAAAUGAUACUGAAAUAAAAGUUCUGCAAAAUUCAUCAGACAAGGAGAUUGCCACCAACAUAUCUAAUACAGCUGCUAUACUUAAAUGUGACAAUGUUCCACCCAAAGUUGAGUGUGGUUUUUGUCAUUCUGCUGAGGAGACUGAGUUUUCAGGAGUGAUGGUUCAUUACUUAGACGGGAAGCCUGUUGAUGUAGACCAUAAUAGUGGAUCAAAAGCCAUACAUGCACACAGAAACUGCACAGAAUGGGCCCCAAAUGUCUACUUUGAGGAUGAUAAAGCUAUUAAUUUAGUGGCUGAAUUAGCUAGGAGCCGAAGAAUCAAAUGUUCUUUCUGUGGUAUUCGAGGAGCUGCUCUUGGUUGUUAUGACAAGAGUUGUCGCAAGAGCUUUCAUGUUCCUUGUGCAAAACUGACCACGCAAUGUCGAUGGGAUAGUAAUAACUUUGUGAUGCUUUGUCCUCUUCAUGCCUCUGCCAAACUUCCCUGUGAAUUAUCUGACUCUCAAGUAAAGAAAAUAAGCAAAAGUACUCCCAAAAGAAUAUGUGAAGUUCGUCAUCAAGAACCUGUGGUUGAGAAUAGUGACAGUAAUUGGCAUUGGGGAUCAUCUAAGAGAUACGUUAUCUGUAGUUCAGCUUUAACCAAUGUGGAUAAACAACUUGUUUCUGAGUUUGAGAGGAUAUCAGGCAUACAAAUAAUGAAGAAUUGGGAUCCCACUGUUACCCAUAUCAUUGCAUCUGCUGAUGAAAAUGGAGCUUGCAAAAGGACACUCAAAAUUUUGAUGGGUAUUUUGGAGGGAAAGUGGAUUUUAAAAGCAGAAUGGAUUAAAGCUUGUUUGGAAGCAAUGCAACCUGUUGAUGAACAUCUUUAUGAAAUUAACUGUGAUGUUCAUGGAAUCAAGGAUGGUCCUCAACUUGGAAGAUUGCGAGUCUCAACCAAUCAAUCAAAGCCAUUUGAGGGAUGCAAGUUCUUCUUGGCUGGAGAAUACACAACAUCUUACAAAGGGUAUCUUCAAGAUCUUGUUGCUGCAGCUGGAGGUGUGGUUUUGCAAAGGAAGCCCAUUUCGAGUUCUACUAGUUUUUCAUCAACAUUCAUUGUUUACAGCCUUGAGCUUCCUGAAAAGUGCAAUCCUAUAAAGAAAAACAUGAUAUUUAACAGAAGAAAGACAGAUGCAGAAGCCAUUGCAAAUUCUACUGGAUCCAUUGUGGUAAGCAAUUCAUGGGUUUUGAACUCUAUUGCUGGUUGCAAAAUUAGACCCCUCACAGGAUAGAUAGAUUUGGUUUAAAUUAUUUUUGGUUAGGAAACUUAUAUGCUUUCAAUUUGGAUCUCAUAGGUAACUUGCUAUAAUUUCAUCCUAUUUUGUAAGUUAAUUGAAUUCAAUUUUUGCUCUUGUAUGUUUAUACUGAUUUUCAAUCAUUUGAGACAUUUUGUUAUUGAAGAAAUUUUCAAAUGUUUUGUAAUUUAUUUCUUACCCUUUUCAGA